AUGUUCCUCUCAUCCCUCGUCUGGACAGCUCGCCAUAUCAGCUCCCCAAACUACCUCCUCAAAAAGACAAACACCUACACACCACUCCUCGACCGCUUCGACAUCUCGUUCGUCAAGACCAAGAACAACGCAAGCCUCUUCAACACCCCCUACAGCAUCUACAAAGACGAUCCCUCGCCCAGCGUGGACGCAGCGUGGGAAGAAAUCGCCGACACGCCCGUCCUCGCCAUCUCUCGGGAAGACGUCGUGACCAUGGGCAAAGAUCCCGACUACGUCGUAGGCAUACCCGAAGAAUUCGGCCACGGCCCUGGAAAAUACUUUGCCGUGAACGACGGCCAGCACCUCAUCCACUGCCUCAACGAGCUCCGCAAAUAUGCCUUUUACGACUACUACUACGCGCCGAAGUACGGCCCCGAGACCAAUCUCCCAAAGAUGGUCGCAGCGCACCGGACGCACUGCGUGGGCGUCUUGCUGGACGCCCUGACGUGCCAGCCGAGUCUCAACAUGGUGGUGUGGGAAUACGUGCAAGGGCAGAGCAAGCCGUGGCCGGAUUUUGAUGCGUGGAGGAUGUGCUAUGGGCACGAGAAGUUCUACGAGUGGCAGAAGGGUGAGCAGGUUGAUUUGGAGAGGACCAAGACGUGGGAUUGGACGAAGGCGAGGAUAAAGGAGAGACCUGAGGUGGAGGAGAUGAGGGCGGAGAGAAGGAAAGGGGGCGAAAGCCAGCAUGAGGGACACUGGGCUUAG